AGGCGAUGUCAUUCUUCGUGGACAUUGUCACCGAGGAUUCGUUCUACGAGAAUCUGACCCUCGGUGUGGUCAAGAUUCUCGAGAACUCCCCGUGCGUGAGAAACGUGCGGAUCGAGAGACGAAACGGUUGCGAACCCGGGGCCAUCAACAGCUGGGAGCAACGCCAUUGCUGCGCGCUUCCCGAAGAUGUUAGGAAUUUCUAUGCUUCCAUCGACGGCUUCCUGCUGCAGUGGAAUCUCGAGAUAGCAGGUGAGGAAUUCUCGAUUGGUCGCAUGGAGAUUGGCAAUUUGUCGUCACUGAAGAGAUACGUCGGCAAGGAUCGACAGACGGGAUCAGUCUCGGCGCAAGACUCAUCGGGGAUGGAAGCAGGGAACGAGCCGCAGGAGGACGUCAUGUUUUCCGGGGAUUCGCGUGAUUGCAAGCUCUUCGAGAUCGGACAGUGCUUUCCGGGGCCCGAAAACGGCAAGAUCUAUUUGACGUAUCGUUCCAGGCAGGAGCAGGACUCGCCGAGUAUCUGGCUUCAUCGUGACGGCAGCUGGUAUCAUUUGGCCGACAAUUUCACCGCGUAUUUUCGCAUGAUGCUGACUCAUUUGGGCUUGCCCUUGUGGCAAUAUUGCGCGGCCGGGCUGCCUUUGUACACCUGGGUCCAACAGGCAUACUUUCUGGUCGGGCCCCAUCUGCUGCCGUCCACUGUCGAGCCUACAGAGACCGUAUCCGCUUCGUUGUGGAACAACGGGCCCAUCAACGUCCUCGACCCGACUAUCUUCAAGGCCAAAGACGGCAAGCAGAGAAACGCUCGCAAGAAAUGAUCUUGAAGUUUUGGGAUGGAAGGGGGAAGCAAAAACCGAUUUUUGCUUCAAAAUCAAGUUUUUUAUAAGAAAAAAUGAAUUUAUGAUUAUUGGAUCUUUGUAAAUAUUCCGACUUUCCACGAUAUAUUGGAAUAUUCUUCAUUCAAAGCAUUUCAUCACUGAUCGAAUAUAAAUGACCAUGUGAAUUUAUGUAGCAUGAGUAUAUAAAUAAAUAAUAAUUUAGUAUAUCGUAUAUUUAGGUAUAUUUCUCUCUUUCUCUCUCGUCUUUUUAUAUUUAAAAGAAUAAUAUUUUAUAUUUCAAAAAAAAAUUUUCUUUCAAAUGUACCAGGAGUCCAUUUUUUUCAUCGUUUAUAUGUAUAAGAUAUAAGUAUAUAUAAUGUAAAAGUAACACCUGUAUGUAUAAUGUAAAUGUAACACCUGAGAAGAAAUAUUUUACGAGAUAUUUCAAGAGACGCGGUAGCCAAGUAUAUACAAAAACAAAACGCUACCAAGUAAUUUAUUCAAAAUUAUUUAAAUUUCUCUAUUUCAAAAACUAAUAAGUAUUAAUAAAAAAUCUAACAGAACUAUUCUUGCACAAUAUUGAGACAAGCUUUUAAUAACGACUAAUUCAAAAUUAAUGCAAUCAAUCCCGAGAUCUGUUACUUAUAUACCAGAAAUGUGACAAUCAUUUUUUUAUCGCGAUUUCAAUCUCACAUAUGUACGCAAAGAAAUUUCAUUUACAAAUAUUUUAAAAUAAAAUCUAAAAUAUUUCAUACACAUUAUGUAUUAUACGAUAAUAUAAAAUAGAUCAUUACCGUGGAGAUAAAAAAUCAAUUAAUUACACGAGUAACAAAUAAAGAAUUAAUUAAGUUAUAAAUUGUGCUUGCCUCACGAUUGCUCCGCCCAUGUCUCCCCGGACUCCCUUUCUCUCUUUUGUUUAUUUUUUUUAUUAUUCCUUCAUGGCAUUCACUCGUGUAGACGCGAUUAAUUACAAUCGCACGCACUAAUCAUCAAACGACUGCGCACGGUACUUUACACAAUACUCCUGACGUUAAUUGCACGCGACACGUUAUUAUAAUCUGUUCAAAAUUAUUCUCUUGACGACGGUGCUAUAUUUGUCGUUAAUAAAUACUCUCUCUUUUUGAAAUGCUUGCCAUCUCAUAUCAUAACAUAAGUAUGUGAGUUAAAAUUAAAGCUAAAAAAAUAGUCGCGAAAUUUAAUAUUCGAUAGUAUGUUGUCACGCUUUGUCGACAAAUUUGUAUAAUACUUGUACUGCGGUAGUUUUGCGCGAUAGUUUAAAUCGAUCGGAUAAAUCACAUUAAAAACAUGACCGACAUACAAACGCGCUGAACUUUUACUAUUCGAUUGACAAAUAUUAUAAACACGUGGUUAGACGACUGUGCUUCCUAAUUAAAUUUAUUAUUAUUAUUAAUAAAAUCGUGCGAAAUAUUUUACGUUUCGACAAAUAGCCAUUGUUUCGACACGUCAUUAAUACUCUUAUUAAAUAUACAACUUAAUUGCUGAUUGUAAUAAUUACAAGAUCAUAUUUCGCGAGAUAUAAAACGGCAUAAGAGACUAAUCCAACAUUGACCAGCUCAUCGCAUGAAUGACAAUACGAAUGAUAAAUGUAAACUUGUACACUCUUGAAUCUCGUCGCGCGAAUGACAACCAUAUGAUUGACAUAACAACAACGCGCUAUACGCAGUAAGAAAUGAGUUCCGAAUUUUGUUAUGCAUAGCGCGUUGUUGUUAUGUCAAUAGUAUUAUUGUCAUUCGACGAGACUUAAACGAACAGGUAGUAAUAACAAACCGUUCCGUGUCAUAUUAUUUUGCGAAAUACUAUCACUACACGUACUAGGAUAUGCAACGCGACCAUUAAUUGCGAUUAUUACAAUUAAUAUUGAUAAUUCGUAUGAAAUAAAUCAAACGGUGGCUAUUUAUCGAAGCAUACUAUUUGCGCAAUUAACCCAUUUUUGAAGCAGGAAAAAUAAUUAUUGAUUUAAUUAUGAUGUACAAUCAUGUUUAAUUAUUGUAUUUUGCUGAUUAAGUUUAAACUUCAAGAAUCUAAAUGUAAAAAAGGCUACUUUUUUAUAUACAUUUUCAAACAAAGUAUUUUUCUUGCAUAUUUUUACUUAAAUAUUUUAUAUCUCUUAUUUAAAAAAUCACGUUUUUGUAAUAAAAUUAUACUUAUAAUACUUGAUAAAAUAAGCUCUUGAGAUGUUAGACUCAUACGCAAGUAAUUUUUCAAGUAUAAUUAAUUGUAAUUAAAUUUCUCUCAAAUGUAAUUAAUUAAAUUAAAAUUAUUAUCUUCUCUUAUCGCGUGUAAAAUAUUUUAUCUUUUUAAUUGCGCAUUAGUCUUAUUCUAAAUAUGCGAUAUUUUCAUACGGCAAAAGCGUGGCAAUAAUAGUGUAAAAAGAGCGCGAAAAAUUCAACAAGAUAUAUCUUCAAGAGUAUCUUCUCUCUUCUUCACGAUUCACUCCUUGGCCCAGUUGGCAUCGCGACUAGGCAAAAACGCCCAAUUGGCAACGUAAUUGGCGAACGCAAUCUGUAGCAAGACGCAGCCAUGCUGUCGCCAUUCUCGCAAAUUCUUCAUGUCUAUCUUUCUUUGUCGUUUGACUUUCAUCUUUUCAUAUUAUCGUGCAAUUUUACGAUUUGUUUAAUGAAUACGAAGCUAAUUAUCCUUAUAAAAAAUUUGGAAAUCUAAUUGCAAAGUUAUUUCAUCUUUAAUAAGUUCUUGAAAUAACAUUUUCAUAUAACUAUCACGUUAUUAACAAAUCCCCAACUAAAUUACUUUUUUUUGUUAAAGAAAAGAAAAUAUAAAAUAGUUAAUACUUUC